CAAACACAUCGAAUAAUUUAAAAAUAACAGACCGAAUCAUUUAAACAUGAAUCAACCAAAGGAGUAUGCUGAAUCAAACCGUCUGCAGUAUCGUGAUAUAGAAGAGCUGGUUGAAGAAUUUCCUGAGGUGUUCAAGGAAAUGAAGGGCCGAAUUAUUGAUGUUGGAUGUGGCCCUGGAAAUAUUACGAAGGGUGUACUACUUCCGGCUGUGGGGGAAGACGCUAUUAUUAUCGGUGCUGAUCUAUGUCGUUUCAUGGUUGCAUAUGCAGAACAGCAUUACGCGGUGGAGAAUAAACUAUCUUAUCUUCAAUUAGACAUUCAAACCCCUGAAUUGCCCAAGAAUUUGAUUGGACAAUUUGAUAAUGCAACGUCGUUCUAUUGUCUCCAUUGGUGUAGGAAUACAAAGCUUGCGUUGGAAAACUUCUACAAACUCCUUCGGCCAGGGGGUAAAGCCAUCAUUUUGACAAUCUCGCAUCACAUGAUAUUUGAUGUCUAUUCGGAGCAGCGGGAAGAUCCAAUAUUUUCGGCGUACAUGCAGGAUUCCCUAGAGUUUACCUCUCCUCAACAUGGUCGUCCGGAUGCCGAAGAGAUUGUGAGAAAAGAUUUGAAUGAGGUUGGAUUCAAGAUACACUAUUGCGCUAACAGAUGGAAAACGUUUACGUAUCCAACGUUGGAUGCUUUCCUCGAUUUGGUGAUGUCUGUUAAUCCAUUUGUGAAACGACUACCAGCUGAUCUCCAAAAACCUUAUAGGGAAGACUUCGAAGAACGACUCAAAAGUAAAUAUCUUCCCAAGAAAGAUUACUCUAAUGGGAGCAGUGUGGAUUGCCGCAUUUCAUUACUCAUCGCUGUAUUUGAAAAACCUGAUCAUUAACGUGAAAUAGAAUUUGAAGAGGGUAUUUCAUUGAUGUAAACAGAAAUAAAUGUUCUAAU